AUACUACAUACUCUCAAAGGUCGUUGGGGGAAGAAAUAUGGAAGAACAAGACACAGAAAGUCAAUGCUGAGAUCUUCACGUUGACAUACGGGUCUAUUGUCACACAACUAGUAGAUGAAUUGAAUGAUGAUUACCAUUUAGUUAACAAACAAUUAUAUGAGAUGGGGUAUAACAUCGGUAUCCGUCUUAUCGAAGAUUUCCUGGCAAGAACAGCUUUACCACGUUGCGAAGAUAUGCUCAAAUGUAGUGAGGUUAUUAGCAAGUGUGCAUUCAAGAUAUUUCUAGAUAUUGUCCCCAAAGUAAGUAGUUGGAGUAAUGACAAGAAAUCAUUUUCUUUAAUAAUCGAAGAUAACCCAUUGAGUCAAUUUGUAGAAAUCCCUAGAAAUAAAGACUCCAACGGUGCAACAAACAAGGAAGAAUUAUGGUAUUCCAACAUAUUAUGUGGUAUCAUCAAAGGUGCUUUAGAAAUGGUUCAAUUGGACGUUGAAUGUUGGUUUGUUUCAGAUGAAGUCAAGGGAGAUUCCCAAACAGAAAUCCGGAUCAAACUAAACAAAGUCUUGGUCGAUGAAAUACCAAUCGGUGAGGAUUAA